AUGGAAGAUCAGUCGUCUCAAAUAGGGCGUGUGCUCAGUGCAGCGCUCGAUGCAAAUCCAGAAGUCCGUCAGAAAGGAGAAGCUCUCAUCAAGUCGUUGUCACUGCACCCUGGUUUCGGCCAUGCGCUUGUCCAAGCGUCCCUACGACAGGAAUUUCCCAUCGGUUUGCGCCAGAUGGCAGCCGUGUUGCUGAAGCAAUUCAUCAAAGCUCACUGGACGCCAGAAGCCAAGCACUUUGAGGAGCCAGUGGUGGGGGAUGAAGAGAAGGCAGCCAUCAGGCGAGACCUGGUGGCAGGAUUGGGGGACUCUGACAGCCGGAUGAGGGCUGCAGUGGGCAUGGCAGUAGCAGGCAUCGCAAAGUGGGACGUUCCCGCAGCCUGGCCGCAGUUACUAGGUCAGCUGGUCACGGUGAUCAGCGAGCGGAAGGACCAGCGCGCUGUGCAUGGUGCUGUAAGGUGCCUGUCGAUGUUUGUGGACGAGCUAGAAGACAAGCAGGUCCUGCAGGCGACGCUGUUCCCUGCCCUGCUUGCGAUUGUUAAUAGCCCGUCAGAGUAUGGGGCCAGCGUGCGGAGGCGUGCCCUCCAGAUAGUGCACAGCAUGGCAGUCAUGCUGGCGGGUGUGCAGAGUAGCGCUGACAAGGAGAGCAGCAAGGCAAUCGGCGCCCUGCUGGACGCCUGGUUCCAACCCUUCUGCGUCAUGCUCAGCCAGCCCACCACCGCGCAUGAUGUGGGCGGUUGGGGAGUGAAGCUGGAGGUUCUGCGGCUGCUGGUUGCGCUGACCACGAACUGGCGCAGGGUGGUGCAACCGCACAUGCCCGCGCUGCUGCAGCACUGCUGGACUCUGAUGCACAGCUGCUUCCCCAUCUACCUCACUGCUGUUGUCCUGCACCAGGAUGAUAUCGAUGAAGGCCUGGCAGACUCAGAUGGGGAUGUGGUGGAGUUUGAGGUGCUCAUUUCACAGAUGUUCGAAUUCAUACUCACGCUCGUGGGCAACAGCAAGUUCCUGCCGCUGCUGGAACCCGUGCUGCCAGAGCUGGCCUACAUGACAAUAGGCUACAUGCAGAUGACGACGGACCAGGAGGAGAACUGGGCAGAGGACCCCAAUGUCUACGUGGCGGACGAGGAAGAUGACAUCUUCAGCGUGCGCACCAGCGGCGAGCUUGUGUUGGAGGAGGUUCUGCGCCAGGCAGACGGGGCGGCUGGGACGCUCGCCGGUGCCGUGCGGCGGCGGCUGGACGAGGCCGCCGCGGCCCAGGCGGCGGGCGAUGCCGGGUGGUGGCGGCUGCGAGAGGCGGCGCUGCUGGCGGUGGGGGCGGUGUCGGAUGCGCUGCUGGAGGCCCCAGGAGCCAGCGACGCCGACUUUGACCUGGGCAGCUUCCUGCAGAACGUGCUCGCGCAGGACCUGCAGGCGCCCGACCCACCGCCCUUCCUCGUCGGCCGCGCCCUCUGGGUCGCCUCCCGCCUGGCCCCAGCGCUUGGAGGGGAGCGGCUGGUGCAGUACCUGCAGGCGGCUGUGGACGUUCUGAAGAGCAGCAGCUUUGGAGCGGUGCAGGUCGGCGCAUGUCGAGCCAUCGUGUCACUGGUGCCCCGGGCGCCCGCGCCGGCGCUGCAGCCGCUGCUAGAUCCCAUUUAUGAAGGCACGGCUCCUUCCUCUCCCUGCGAGACGCUGCACAUGGUGCUGGAGGCGCUGGCGGCCGUGGUGGGCGCGGACGGGGGCGCGGGCGCGCGGUGGGAGCCGCGCCUGUCACCAGCCGUGCUGCAGCUGUGGGCGCAGCACGUCAAGGAUCCCCUGCUGUCCAUGGACGCCGUCGCCGUCAUCGAGGGCCUUGCCUCCAUCCCCGCCGCCCUCCCCAGCCUCCAGGAGCGGGCGCUGCCGCACCUGGUGGGCAUUCUGGGCGCGCCGGAGGCGGGCAACCCGACGCUAACAGAGGGCGCGCUCGACGUCACCUGCGCGCUGCUACGGCCGGCCGCGCCCGAGCAGGCGGCGCGCGUGCACUCGGCCGCGUCCGGGACCGUCAUGGCGCUCGUGCUGCGCGCAGACGACCCUGGCAUUCUGCAGUCCGCCUCCGAGAUCUUGGUGCGUAUCGGCGGUGAGGACCUGUUGAGCUGGGGCGGCGCGGAUCCCGCGCAGACGCUGCACGCGCUGCUACAGGCCGUCGCGCGGCUGCUGCACCCGGACGUCGGCGACUCACCCUCCCUCGGUGUUGGAGAGGUGAUAAGCACGAUGCUGCGCAAGAUGCCGGGGCGGCUGGCGGGCGCGAUGCCGGAGGUGCUGGCGGCUGUCGUAGCCAAGCUGGCGGCCGCACAAUCGUCGCCGCUCAUCACCUCGCUGCUCAUCGUCCUCGCGCAGCUCGCCCACGCCGACGCGCGCCAGCUCCUCGACUUCCUCGCCUCCCAGCCAGCUCCCGGUAUAUCUGCAGGGAACGCGCUGGAGAUGGUGAUGCGCAUUUGGACGGAGCGCCAGAUAGAGCUGCGCGGCGUGUACGAGAUCAACCUCACCUCCACCGCCCUGGCUGCCCUCCUCGCCUCAGGCCACCCUGCCCUGGCCGAAGCCAAGGCGCGCCGGACUCAUCCUGGCACCAACCUUCAUGGCGCCAUCCGGACGCGGUCGCGCGCGGCGACGCAGGCGGAGCAGUGGCAGGUCGUCAGCGCGCGAGUCAAGAUCUUCGCUCUGCUGGCCGACAUGCUCAUAGAAGCCCGGGAAGGUGCGCAUGUCCGUCACAGCCUGCUUAACUUUGGUUUUGGCACAGCAUGCCCCACAGUGCAUCUCUUCCCAGCUGGCAUUUUCAUGGUACUUUACCCCUGCGAAGGCCCAUGA